UUGAAAAUUUUAAUUAAUAAAAUUAUAAUAAUAAAAAUAGAAAAUCAUAUAUUGCUUACUAGCGUAUGUGCAUAAGUGUAUGUGCAUAUAUGUACAUAUGUACUUACAUAUGCAAAGAUAAUAACUAAACUCAUUUCUACGAGCCACUAAACAAAAUAAAAAUUCGAAUGAAAACACAGUGCAAUGCAAUUAAUUAAAAGUAGUAAUUAAAAAUAUGUGUGCGCGCAAAUAGAGGAAAAUUUAAUAACACAAAAUAAUUACUAAAAUUGCAAUAACAAAGAAAUGAGCUAAAGCUAUCAGGCCGCGCAUGACGAUGGCCAACAACGUUUAAAGUUAAAUAAAAAAUUGAUUUCACAAAUAUCUGCGUAUUAAGAUUAUGCAUGUACGAAGUUAAAUGACAAUUUAAUGAACUUAUCUUGACGACUGUGGUGGUUAAAAAAAAAAAACACACAUUUUUUAAUCGAAAAGCUAGCGAAAGGGCGCAUUGACGCAGGGUAUAGUGAAAUAGAGCGUGUCUAAUUUUUAAACUUUUUAUUGUACAUUUUAAGCCUAGACUAAUGUAAUUUUACUCGAAAUAACGACCGUCCUCUUUACAUUACAAAAACAAAAAUUUAAAAAAGGAAAUAUCUAUAUAUAAUAUAAGUAAAAUUUAAAACUAUUAAACUAAGCAAAAAUCAGCAGCAAAGUAUUUCAACUAACUUUUAAAAUAGCUAUGUGUAUUUUCAAAAAGUAAACCAAUUUCAAAAAAAAAAAGUAUAAUUAAUUGGUAAGUAGAAAAUCAGACAACCAACUUCAAGCAGCAAAAAGCAACUAGACCGAGUGAAUAGAGAAAAAAAAACAGGCAAUCGAAUGCUUACGAAACCAUAAACAAGUGGCCAAUAAAAAUUAUCGAAAGCAGCAGAAAGUGACAAAUAAACGACUAUUUAAUUGCUACGAAGUGUUGAAACGGGCCGUAGCUACAAAAAGCAGAGCGUAAGUAAACGAAAACAACAGCAAAAUUAUUAUAAACAAUAGUGAAUUGUAUAAUAAGCAAAAAGCAGUGGCGGUAGAAGCAGCAGCAGCAGCAGCAGCAGCAGCAACAACAACAACUACAACCAAAAUAAAAACAAAAUAAAUAAGUAAUAUCCAUAAUAACAGCUAUCAAAAUCCAAACAACGCACUCUACGCAUUCAAUUAAAUGUCUGAGAAAAUACGCUGAACGUACCUAAUUAAAAUUCAUAGGCAUACAAACAAAAAACAAAAAAAAAAACACACACAUCCGCACACAAAAUAGUCGUAUACAUAUAUGUAGCAACAAAUAAGCAUGAAUAUGACAAGCUAAGAAGGAGAAUAAGAAACGGAUAAAAGAAGAAUAAAGUAAACGAGGCGCGCCCACGCACGCAUAAUUGCCCGUUAGCAUAUACUCUUUCGAUGCGAUUGCUCCCCACCACCAUCACCUCCGCACACCAUCCACCCACCUAACCAGCCGCACUAUAGCACGCUUUCGAAGCAAACAACGCAGGCUAAUACAGAGGAAAGUUGAGGCAUUUUGUUGUGAGUUGUCAGCAGCAGAAAGGCAGCAUCCAGCAACUAGCGGAAGUUAGCGGUGUAUCUAAGAGGGAACCGCUAAAAACAAUUAAAAGGGCAAAAGCAAUUAAAAUGCAGGCCAAAUAGUUAACUGGCAAUGAAAGCAAAAAAAUAAACAAAUCAAAAUAAGAAGAAUCCAACGACUACAAAAACAAGACAUGCAAUAAAUCAAGGGGAAAAAACGCAUUGAAUAAAUAAUAAAACAUCGAUUAAUAGGACAAGCAACGCGGACGCAACAACAGCAGCGGAAGAGGCAGAGGCAGAGGCAGAGGCAGAGUUUGUUCCAUGCCGCAGUCAUCGGAACGUCUUUCGAGGCGUUAGUAGCUGCAGAAGUUUAACGCAGCGCUGCAGCAGAGUUAGCUGCGUUGGCAAUUGCAGAAUUGUAGCAGCCGCCACAGCAGAGGCAACGGCGGCGUUAGCUCCAACAGCAAAUGCAUCAAAAAUCGAAGAUUUUUGAUUUUGUUCCUCUCCACCAUCACCACAACCACAACCAAUACCACCAAUACCAUUACAACCAUAAAUACCACCAACAAAAUAACCAUCGCCAACACCACCACCACUAUUCACCACGAUGGCUACCAUAAAUUCGGUUCAGAAGAGUAUACACUUGCCAUUAACGAGUUUGUCGUCGCCGCGUGUUUUGAUGUGUAGCGCCUCAGUUGGCACCGAAGGUUCCGUUACGCUACAACUGAGAGACUCUUCCGAUUCCAAUCAGUCGCCGGCCCCGAGUUCUUUAGAAAAUGCCUUGACCAUUGGCUAUCCCGAUCCGGAGAUGUUGGCCGACGUAUUCGGCACACUGCAGACAGCCUCUUUCAAGAACCAUAGCAGUGCAUUAGCGUCAACGUCGCCAACAGCAACAACAACAAACCAUAGCAAUAAUCAAAUAAAUAUUUGUAGCAGCAGCAGCAACAGCAAUAGCUGCAACAAUAAAAUUAAAACCACCAGUAGCGCGAGUAGCAAUAGCAACAGCACCACCUCCACUUCAGCGUCCACACCUGCUAAUAAAAUUACAAUAGGUCGGCGUAAUCAAAGUGUAUCAGCAAACACAACAACAACCGCAUCAGCAUCUUCCACCGCCACCAGCACAGCGUCAACAACCGCAACAACAACAACGUGCAAGACAUCUGCUGUACAAACUGUGUCCACAGCAACGAAUACCACCAAUAAAACAACCAGCAGCUACGUAAAAAAUUGCCUAAUACGGAGCAGUAGCUGCAGCAACACGAACAACGUUACAUCGCUGGCGCAGAUAAUGAGCAAUAGCAGCACCAGCAGCUCAUCAUCGCUAUUGAAUCACAGCAAUACGAAUAGCAACAGUAACUGCAGCAGCAAUAGCAAUUUCAGUUCGUCAAGCAGCAGCAACGACAGCAUUGUCAGCAUAAAUAGCAACAAUAGUGGCGGUGGUGUUUUGAAGAGUGGUGGUAGUAGUAAGAGUACCGGCGCAGGCGGUGCAACAAGUGCAACGCUAAAGAAGAGUCGGCCGAAAUUGUCUUCACCAACACGACAUGGGCCACAGCAGUGUCAGAUUUGUAGUAAAAUCUUUGGAAAUGCGUCAGCGUUGGCCAAGCACAAACUGACGCACAGCGACGAGCGGAAAUACGUUUGUGCGAUGUGCUCGAAGGCAUUCAAACGACAAGAUCACUUGAAUGGCCAUAUGAUGACACAUCGCAAUAAGAAGCCAUACGAAUGCAAAGCCGAAGGCUGUGGUAAAUCAUACUGUGACGCACGUUCAUUGCGACGUCACACUGAGAAUCAUCAUUCGGGUAUUAUAACUCCACAAAAUCAAACACUCUCACCGAAUUCUGGUACACCGACCGGACUGAGCCUUUCGCCGGCAACAGCAAGCGGAGACGCCAGCUCCCCUGACGGUGCCACUUGCAUACGCACUUACAUCUCUUCAGGUGGUACUAUUGUUGAUGCUGCGACUGGUGUGGCGCUUACCGAAGAGCAAAUAAAAUCCAUCAAUUUACCCAUUAAAACUGGUGUAACGCUACUCUCGCCAACUUCCACGUCGUCUGCGUCGUCCAUGGGCGGCGUAUCUUUACCCGCCUCAUCGCCAACAAUUGCCCUCACUGAGACAAGUCUUGUAGAUGCUGGCGAAGGUCUCACUCGUGAACAAUUGGAUUUGAUAAGUAAGAUCAUGCAACAGACGAAGCAGACCAGCGCACAGGUGACGGUCUCAUCGCCAACCAGUGUCAAUUCGUACAAAGUAGAUACGAAUCUGUCUUCGACUGCACUAGAUGCGGCGAGUCCACAACAUGCGGCUGCUGGAGCAUCAAAUCGUCCGCGUACAUGGAAUAUGCAAUUGUUAAAUACCACCCAAAAUGUAUCCAUCACGGUUGAUGAAACCAACUCCGACGCAACGUCCAGCACAGCAACUUCACCCAUCGAAGCCAAGGAGGAGGAAAUUAAUCAACAAUUUGUAGCCGCCAUCAAUCCGCACCUUUUAAACAUCGUCAAAAUGGACCAAAAGCCUGUUGAGUGCAAUUUGUGCCAUCGUAAAUUUAAGAACAUACCAGCACUUAACGGACACAUGCGGCUACAUGGCGGCUAUUUUAAAAAAGAUCCCGAAACUAAAAAGGCCGAGAAGAAAGAACACAGCGGUCCACCGCUACAAACGGCCAGUAUUGGCGUGCGGGCGCUGAUUGAAGAGAAAAUCAUAAGCAAACGCAAAGAUAUGAACAAGGGUGCCUUCGUAGUUCCUGCACCACCCAGUAGUGUAUCCAGCACAUCCACAAUCCGACGAUCGAUUAGCGAUCUAGAAAGUUUCCUUAGUCCAAAAUCACACAACAAUAAUGGUGGUGGUAAUAUUGCCAACAGUAGCAGUGCCAAUUCUCCCAACCAGACCUCGACCACCGCCACCACCACCACCACAGCCACCAUGCUACCUGCUGCAUCAACAAUCAAGAAUUAUAAUGGUGGCUUGCAGCAAAUCGGUAUGACGCAGGGCAUAGAGAUUUUCAGUACAAAACAACAAAAGGCAAGCGGUAACGUUAGCCUUGGCUUGGGCGUAGGCUUUAGUGCGGCUCUGCAAACAACUAAUUCAACGAUGAAUCCGUCAACGACCAAAUCAACAGCAACGACAAAUACAACGACUACAAAAGGCACUUCGACCGAUCCAAAAGAUUCAACGCUUAUUGAGUUAUUAAAGCGCGGCACCCGUAUAGCCGUCACUGCCAAGAAGCCACUAAAUAGUACAAACGCAAUUACAAAUAUUGGAAGCAACAACAAUGGCAGCGGCGGACCACGGCAGAUAAUCACAAAUAAUAAUCGCACCCUGAUUAUCCCGUCCGAUGUGCAGGUCCUGCCCACCCGCAUAGCUAAGUCCAGUGCUAAUGCGUCACGAACUUCUACUCCCGGCUCUAUAGCUCUGGCCGACACGACGCCACUUUCGCUCACUAUUUCCCAAAGUGGAGACAGUAGUAUGGGAGGCGACGUAUACACAGUUACCUAUAGCAGCGAUACAUCUGGCUUUUUCGAUGAUGCCGAAGUCUACAACGUCGCUGAUACGGAUAUGCUGCUGCAGACUGUAGAUACAAUGCAGUUGCUCAACGAUGACUCACAACAGCUGAAAAGCGAACAUUCCGAACACUUUGGCACUGUGACCGGUGUAAGCAUCGCCGGAGGCGAUCAAAUUGAUAACGGCGGCAAUUGCGUUCAGACCGAAUACUUAAAGUUAGAAGUCGACGGUGUUAAUGUAAAUGCCAUGUCCAACACUUUACCCACUUUCCAACAAUUCCAUUCCAAAGAGCUCAUCAUGCAGAAUAGUGCCCAGAUACAGGCUGUGACUAGUAUGCGAUCCAAUUCGCAUCAAUUGGGUACGAUGUCCUCACCGAUAAACUCUCCACUUGCAUAUCCCACGCCGCCCUCUAGUCACGAAAAUAUGACACAAUCUUCGCCAUACGUAGAGGAUGGACACCAGUAUUCGGAAGUGGCGAACGCUUUUUUUAAUGAAAAAUGUAGCGCAGACUUUCUCGCACAGUCAGCCACUGAAGUGACCUUCUUCAAAGGCAGCGACAAUCAGCAUGAGCUGACCGAUGCCGAGAAGAUACUAAAGCUAAAGACGGUGCUAGAAGAGAGUGCCUUUGAUGGAUCCAUUAAGGUCGAAGAUUUAUUAAAUGGUGCGCAAGAUGACGACGCCGAAUGUGAUUUACGCGAUUUUGCUGAUACAAAUCUGGCCUUCUUGGAUGAGGAUCAAGAGUUUCUGAAUGAUUCGCGAAAUGCAACUUCGCCGCUUCCAGAAUCUUUCUUUACAGGCAGCAUUGGAACGGCGGACGAAGUCAAAGAAGUAUUACGCGAUGUGCUGCCUGACGAAAACAUAAAUCUCAAUUGUGAAGAGCAGUCCGGCGAAAACAUUAUUGAUCUGUAUUAUCUGCCCGGUUUGGGUUUGCAAUCGCAGAUGAUGCCCAACUCAGACGAUCCAUUGUUGUCCUCCUCUCCAAGAGACUUUGGCCAACAAAGGGGCCAAGUUAUACAGCCGACACAGCACGUGCAAGUCCAACAGCAGCAGCAACUGCCACAACAACAACAGCAGCAGCAACAACAACAUCCACAUCAGCAAUCGCUAACACAAUCACAGUCAAUGCAACAGACCACGCAGCAAUUACUGUACGCGCAGCAAAUAGAGCAGCAGAUGCAGCAGCAGCAGCAGCAACAGCAGCAGCAGCAGCAAAUGUCUGCUGGUGAAAGCUACGUUGGCAAUCACUAUACAGUCGGCGAAGGUAACGCUUCGAAUACGACGCUUCAGUACAAUCUACAGAAUCUACCGCAAGUACAAAACCAACAACAGUUUGUUGAAGCCAACACGCCGAUCCAGCAUGUGUCCACGCUCGAUGGCAGCAUUUUGCACCAACAACUGGUAUUCACAGGCUCAACGGAUAAGCAGGAAAUACACAUAACAGGACAACAUGGCGACAUCGGGCUUCUGUCAACCAACUGCACUCUCAAUACCGACACUAAUAUUUACUUCGCCAGCAACUCCAAUAAUUCCAGCAAUUCUAUGUCAGUAUUGCAACAGGCUGGAAAUCAUGCAAACGUCAGCAAUAUAGCAUCCUCCUCAUCGGCUUGUCUGCCGCCUGUGGCAUCCACAGUUAUUUCUACGCUACAACCCCUCUCCAACCAAACCAAUUCCAUACUAAAGCGACGCCUGCGACCGCAUAAUUCCAAUGAUUCCAGUAGCUCUCAAAGUUUUGCUAAAUACCAUCCGUUGUCGCCGUAUCGCUCUAAACUGCGCAAACCUUCACGCACGCACUACACACCUGCGCCCAUACUCAACCCCGAUCGAAAAGGUGUCGGUCUUUAUUGCAGCGUGCGAAAGCAGCUCAAUACAGGAAUGCUCGGUUUUGAUAGUUUUGACGAUGAUUUUGACGAUCCGGUCGGACUAGUGGACUUUUCCGACGAAUCCAAAGUUAAUCUAGGCUCAGCUUAUCAAGCGCAAAUACCACCCUGCCGCGAGCGGAUACAAAGUGCGAGUAGCGAUGCCGCAACCGACGGUAAAAUGUGCAAAGACACCUCCUGCUUUGCGGUCGAGGAGCCUGUGGGUGCAGAGCAAUUAUGGGAUCCCACCGUACAAAUGGACGAGAAGAUAUUGAUGCGCUACAUUGACCUGAGUAAGUCGUCAGCGGUGCCGUUGGGCAGCCACUCCGAAGAGGUUGCGCUACAAACAUUGCUCAAAGCACGCGGUAACCUGGCAGCAGCGGUACUAACCCUCUUGCAAACACAAUCGAAUGCAUUCCAAAUGAAGUGGACCGCUACGGAAUUGGAGGUGUUCUUGAAGGGCUUGGAACGGCAUGGCAAAGACUUUGGGCGCAUCGCGCAAGAGCUGGGUUCGAAGUCAACUGGUGAAUGUGUGCAAAUGUACUACUUUUGGAAAAAGCUAUGCGUCGACUAUAAAGUGACGCACCUGAAAACUGAAACGCCACCGCCGCCACCGGCAAAUGAUCCCAAGCCGUAUGUGUGUGAAGUGCCUGAUUGUUCGGCCAGCUUUACCUCAAAAGCUGCCCUGCAUGGCCAUACACGCAUACAUACGUACGGCAGAAACGCCAACAGCCAUAAUAACAACAACAAUAAUAACAACCAUCAUAAUCAUAACAGCAACAAUGCCACAGGCAACACAACUAAUACAAACGGUGCCACAAUAGGCGGCUCGACAACAACCCUCGCUCAACAGAGCAACAUCUCAGCAUCACAAUCGCAAACUCAAAAUGCCAAUGCGAUCGGAGCGUCGGUUAAAGACGGUAGUCAAAGCAGUGCGGGCAAUACCGCGAUUAGCGCCAACAAGGACACCGAUUUUCCCUGCAAGGUGUGCGGCAAAGUUUUUAAUAAAGUGAAGAGCAGAAGCGCCCAUAUGAAAACACAUCGUGUGCAAGAACAGCAACAGCAACAACUGCAACAACAGCAACAGCAACAGCAGCAGCAGCAGCAGCAACAACAACAACAUCAACAGCAGCAGCAAUCAGUUGUGGAUUUAACAUCCGCUGCAUCUAACAAUGCAGUUGUUCUCAAUGCUCACAGCCAAAAUCUAACUACAAAUCAAAGUCAGCAGCAUCAGCAGCAGCCGCCGAUUGAGCAAAUAUCCUGAACUUAGACACCCUUUCCCAGUAGUGACCACCACCCUGAUUGAUUACCUUCAAAGACCACCAAAACCUAACGCAACACCCAGUUAUGUACAGACCUAUUCAGUCACCAAGUGACAAAAACAAUGAAAUUCUCCACAGAUCCAAAAGUAAUCACUAGGAACAAAUCGUGAGAUUGCAACCAUGCAAUAUGUUGUAUGUAAGUAAAAUGUAAGCAAAUUGUUAGUAAAUGCAUGUACAUACAUACAUACAUAAGUAGAUGACAAGUAAAAAUCCAUUUGAAAUUUGAAACUGACAAUCGAAGUGUUAUUGAAAUGUAACCUUAAAGUUAAUUACAAUUAAAAUUAAGUUCAACGCUUAAUAAUAUUCAAAAUUAUUAAAACAGUCUGCUAAUAUAAAUGUGAAAUAUACAUACAUACGUACAUAUAUGCAUGCAUAUAUACAUACAUGCGUACAUACAAAAUCGUUUUGUAUGCAACGAAAUGCAAUGUUUGUUAGAAAAUCUAAGGAAUCAAAAAAAUUGAACCAACUAAAAAAUCGAAAUAUUCUUCUAAUACAAAGGCCAAUCUUCUAUUGUAGUUGUUCUUGUGUGGCAUAGAUUGUAAUUGAAUUUUAUUUGCGUUAGAACAGGGGAUUUUAAUGUAGAUUUACAAUUUAACUAGUGUCUACAAUUAAGUGAAUUCGUAGUGAAUGUGAAUUUAGUAGUCAUUAAAUAACCGAAAUUUAUUGUAAAAUACGCUGGGGAUGCAAAAAACAAAAACACACAAACCUUUUAGGAAAUAUUUGUGGUAGCAUAAAAUUAUAAAAUGGGCCUUGCGAGACAAGUGAGUUGGUUGGUGGAGGGUUCUGCGGCAGGAAGUUACCUAACCGCUGGCAAUUGAAAAUAUUUCCUAAACAACAAAACCAAACCGCCGAUGAAAGUAAGUUAGCAUUAAAAUAAAUAAAGAUAAAUAUGUACAUAUGUACAUGUAACACAAAAUAUCUCAAAUAUUUAAGUUUGUUGCCGUAACUACACAUAUGUACAUACAUAUGUAUGAAUGAGUAUAUAAAAGUUUUGGAAAAUAUGUGCGCAGAGUAAAUGGAGUGAAAGCUAACGAUUUCCGCCGUUCUUUAGAUAUUUUUGUUCAUUUUUUAAAUUUUCAACCAAAUUCAAAAAACAAGGAGAAUUUUUUAUUUAUGCUACCGGAUAACU